AUGACACUGUACUGUACUGUGUACAAUACCUUGCCACCGUGGAGUCGUGGACAGUGGACGGGCGAAGAGAUACAGUUCAGGUUUGUAUGGCGGCUGGUGCCUCCCCCACCUCCACAAGCACGAGCCCACUUAUCCCCAAGCAAGCGAGCGAGCGGGGUUGCUGAUGCGGCAACUUGCGGGCAGCGGUUGCUUGUCGCACCUGUCAUACGGCUUCGCAUGCUUCGCUUUGCGGCUGGGGGCGAUGAGGCGUGA